AUGGCCUCCCCGGGUGAUACAAGCACGGCCAACCUCGCCGCUCCUGGCAGCGCUCCAGUUCCUGCACCACCAUCCGCCACAAUGCCCGCCGACGACACAGACUGUUCAACCCCAAGCGGUGCCAUCGCCACGACGGGCCCCGCGCCGCCAUCGCACGAGCUGCCGGGUUCGACGCCGAAGCAGGGGCAGCCUGCGCCGACCAGCAUCUUCCACGGCUCGGCCGGCGCCGUGCGUCAGGCCGUCUGCUCCGUCUCCCUCUGCAUGGUCAUGCUCCUCACCCAGGCGGCCCUCGGCGCCACCAUCUUUGGCGGCUCCUACAUCGCCGACACCUUCGGCCUCGCAGACGACCCGGAACAGCAGUCGUGGUUCGCCGCCGCCUUCUCUCUCACCGUCGGCACGUUUGUGCUCCCCGCUGGCCGCCUGGGCGACCUCUACGGCAACAGGAUCAUGGUCCUCGUCGGCUACGCCUGGGUCGGCGCUUGGUCCCUCGUCGCCGGCCUCUCGCACUACACGCGCUCGGCCAUCUUCUUCGACGUCUGCAGAGGCCUCCAGGGCCUGGGCUUCGCCGUCCUCCUGCCCAACUCGCUUGCCGUCCUGGCCCGCAUCUUUCCGCCGCAGAGCCGCGCAAAGCGCCUCACCUUCUGCCUGUACGCGGCUACGGCGCCGAGCGGAGCAGUGCUCGGAGGCACCUUCACCUGCCUGCUCGGAGCUACUGUGGGCUGGUGGUGGGGCUUCUACCUGCUCGCCAUCGUCUGCGCCGCGCUCGUCGUCAUCUGCACCGCCGUCGUGCCGUCCGACCGGCAGCUCCACGACCUCGGCCGCGCCUUCCUGGCGCAGGACGACGAAAAGCACCAGCACGACGCGGCGUUCAAGGACGAAGAGGUCGCCGACGUCGAUGAGGCACGGUCGAUUUCGCCUUCGCACCAAGAUCAACCAGGGCAGCGCGCCGCGCACCGCCCGCUCUGGGAGCGCCUCGACCUGCUCGGCAUGGUGCUCGGCGUGAGCGGCCUGGUCCUCUUCAACUUUGCCUGGAACCAAGCCCUGCUGGUGGGCUGGUCGACCGUCUACGUCUACGUGCUCCUCAUCGUCGGCGUGAUGCUGCUGUGCGCCUUCGUGGUGUGGGAGAGCCGUGCGUCGCUGCCGCUGCUGCCGACUUCGAUCUUCAACCUACAGGGCUGUCUGAUCCUCGGCGCCCUCGCCCUGGGCUGGUCGGCCUUUAGCAUCUGGCUCUUCUACAUCACGCAGUUCGUCAUCCGGCAGCGGGGCUACUCGCCCCUCGGCUCCGUCGCAGCCCUCUCGCCCGCCGCCAUCGCCGGCGUCGUGGCCGCGUUUUCGUCGGAGCGCAUCCUGGCGCGCUUCGGGAGCAAGGUCGUCAUGCUCCUCGCCCUGAUCGCCUUCACCACGGGCAUCUCGAUCGCCGGCACCGCGCCCGUCGAGCAGACCUACUGGGCCCAGACGUUUGUCGCGUCGUUUGUGAUGCCGUUCGGCAUGGACAUGAGCUUCCCCUCGGCCUCGAUCAUCCUCAGCGACAUGCUGCCGCACCACCGCCAGGGCGAGGCGAGCAGCUUGGUCAACACGGUCGUCAACUACUCGGUGGCUCUGGGACUAGGCAUCGCCGGAACGGUGGAGUCGCAAGUCAACCGGCAGGGGACCGACGAGCUCCGCGGUUACCGAGGCGCCUUUUACCUCGGGAUCGGCCUUGGCGCCCUGGGCGUCCUGAUGUCCGUCAUCAACCUCGCCAUUUCCACGCAACGCCGGUCGGCAUAG